AUGGAAAAACUACAGAUAGGACCGACCAAGGAAGAAUAUACCUUCAUCAAUAGAAACCUCCCAUAUGAUCUUAAAGAAGAACUCUCCCAACUCCUGAAACAAAACAAAGACUUAUUCGCAUUUACACCAGCCGACAUGCCGGGAAUUAACCCCGACCUAAUGUCCCACCACCUAGCCGUGAACCCCCAGGCUAAGCCGGUAGCACAAAGACGACGAAAAAUGUCUCCAGACCGAGCCGGCGAAGUCAAAAAACAAGUCAAAGCCUUACUCGAAGCCAACUUCAUCCGGGAACUCCCCUACACGACCUGGCUAGCCAACGUCGUGCUAGUACGGAAACCUAACGGGAAAUGGCGAAUGUGCGUCGAGUACACGGACCUAAACAAGGCUUGCCCGAAGGACGCCUUCCCCCUACCAAACAUCGACGGAUUAGUAGACGCAGCAUCCGGCCACCGAUACCUCAGCUUCAUGGACGCAUAUUCCGGCUAUAACCAAAUCCCGAUGCACCGACCAGACGAAGAAAAAACCGCGUUCAUCACCCCAGACGGAACAUACUGUUACAUAGUGAUGCCUUUCGGCUUGAAAAACGCUGGAGCCACCUACCAAAGACUCGUUAACAAGAUCUUUCGAGACCUAACCGGAGACAAGCUAGAAGUCUACAUUGACGACAUGCUCGCCAAGACUAAAUCCAGCGAACAACUAAUCAGCGACCUCACGGUCAUAAUGAACACCCUACGAAAGCACCAAAUGCGGCUCAACCCGGCAAAGUGCGCCUUCGGAAUGGAGGCAGGAAAGUUCCUCGGCUUCAUGAUCACACAACGCGGAGUUGAAGCAAACCCGGAGAAAUGUCGUGCCAUCCUUGAAAUGGCAAGCCCCAAAAACCUUAAGGACAUCCAAAAGCUCACCGGCAGACUAACCGCGUUAUCACGCUUUCUCGGUGCAUCAGCCCAAAAAGCAAUCCCUUUCUUCAAACUAAUGAAAAAAGGGACCCCUUUUAAGUGGGAAACAGAAUGCGAAGAAGCAUUCCAACACUUCAAGAAGGCCUUAUCGGAACCACCAAUCCUCGCCAAACCCCAAGCAGGGGAAACACUCUACUUAUACCUUUCCAUAACAGAAGAGGCACUGGCAGCGGCACUCAUCCGUGAAGACGAGAAAAAGGAGAAAAAACCCAUAUACUUCAUAAGCAAAGUCUUGCAGGAUGCGGAAACUCGCUAUUCACGCUUAGAAAAGCUAGCUUUCGCACUCCUUACAGCCUCCCGACGUCUGCGACAAUAUUUCCAGGCUCACCCCGUAACGGUCCGAACCGACCAGGCGGUCAAGCAAGUGUUACAGAAACCCGACCUAUCAGGAAGAAUGCUAGCAUGGUCCAUCGAGUUAUCCCAAUUCCAGAUCAGAUUCGAACCCUGGAAUGCUAUCAAGGCACAAGCCUUGACUGACUUCAUCGCCGAAAUGACUCCAGGAAAACUCACCCCGGAACCAUGGAAAUUACACGUCGACGGCUCGUCGAACUCCACUCACGGAGGAGCCGGAAUUAUACUCGAAAACCAAAACGGAAUCACAAUAGAACAGUCAAUACGGUACGAAUUCUCAGUAUCAAACAAUCAGGCAGAAUACGAAGCCCUCUUAGCAGGCCUGACCCUAGCCCGGGAAGUCGGUGUAAACGCCUUAGAAGUAAAUACCGAUUCCCAGGUGGUCAGUUCCCAAAUCAACGGAAGCUACCAGGCACGAGAUCCCCUGCUCCAACAAUACCUCACCAAGGUAAACGAACUAAAAGAAGGGUUCGAAAGCAUUAUCAUACGGCACGUCCCCAGGGAACAAAACACCAGGGCAGACCUACUCUCCAAGCUAGCCAGUACCAAACCGGGACACGGCAACAAAUCGCUAAUUCAAGAGGUCGUCAGGUCGCCCUCUGUGUCAACGGCAAUCAACUCUCAUCUGACAAUCUCAAGCCAGGGGUCGUGGACAUACCCCCUCCUACAAUACCUCCUCAACGGAACUUUACCGCCAGAUCCGAAAGAAGAAAAGCGAAUAAAAAGGGAAGCCGCCAACUACACCAUCAUAGCGGGACAACUAUACAAACGAGGAUUCUCGCAACCCCUACUCAAAUGUGUCGAACCCGGGGACACGGAGUACAUACUCCGUGAAAUCCACGAAGGCUGCUGCGGACACCACGUCGGAGGCAAAACAUUAGCCCAAAAAAUCAUCAGGGCUGGCUACUUCUGGCCCACAAUCAUUCGAGACUCCAUACAAUUGGUAAAAAGAUGUGACAAAUGCCAAAGACACGCCAAUAUCCACCAAGCCGCCCCACACCAGCUCAGCACCAUAUCGGCAGAACGGCCAUUCGGCACUUGGGGGAUCGACCUCGUCGGGCCCUUCCCUACGGCUCCCGGCCAGCUCCGAUACCUCAUUGUCGCUAUAGAUUACUACACCAAAUGGAUCGAGGCCGAACCUCUGGCCUCCAUAACGGUGACCCAAUGCCGGAAAUUCGUCUGGCGACAAAUCAUUACCCGCUUCGGAAUCCCAGAGGUCGUCAUAUCGGACAACGGAACUCAAUUUACUGAUAAAAAAUUCAAAGAGUUCCUAGGAGGAUUACAGAUAUCCCAUCGCUUCAGCUCAGUAGAACACCCCCAAACAAACGGACAGGUGGAAUCCGCAAACAAAAUAAUCGUUAAAGGACUCAAAAAACGGCUCGACGAAGCCAAAGGACUAUGGGCAGACGAGUUAGGGUCGGUUCUAUGGUCGUACCGAACAACACCCCAAACGGCCACUGGGGAAACACCUUUCCGAUUAACGUACGACGUAGAGGCAGUCAUCCCAGUAGAAAUCGGGGACCCCAGUCCCAGGAAAACAGUCGGAGGUAACGACGAAGAAGCAGAAAGAGACCUCAUUGAUGAAGAAAGAAACAUAGCUCACGUCAAAGAAUUAGCACUUAAACAAAGAAUCAGCCUAAGGUACAAUCACGGCGUUAUCCGACGAGAAUUCGGCGCUGACGACCUCGUCCUACGGCGAAACGAUAUCGGUCCCCCGACCCCAGGGGAAGGAAAGCUCACCCCCAACUGGGAAGGACCAUACAGAAUCAAGGCCAUAAUCGGAAAAGGAGCGUAUAAACUCGAACGGCUCAACGGCGACGAAGUCCCGAGGACCUGGAAUGCAACCAACUUGCGACGAUACUACGCCUAG